GACAUAUGGAAGUUGGUGGUUAUACAUAGAUAAACAUAGAUAUAUACAUUUGAAUUAUUGCAAAAACUGUUACCUAUCGAAUGAUGAAAAUACUUCUACUUGUGGGUGUGGUUCUCCUUGAGGGAAGUUUUGCCAAACCGUGCUGCAUGCCGGACCAGUGGAGCGCCGUCACUGUCGACACAGUUGGUGAGUACAACCGUGACCUUGACUCUGCGUCCUUGCUGUACGGCUCUCGCACGUACUACCAUGACAACAACGCCAGCGCCAUUGCCUACUUCGAGGUAUCUGACAACACAACAGCGCAUAAACAUGUCUCCAAACAUGUCAUCAAGAACUUCAAACAGAUGAAAAUGUACACAAUUGUUGGAAAGACUUGCACGACUGAAGAUCUUCAAAACAAGAUGCCCCCAGCCUGUAUUCCUGACGAUGCUACGAGUUUUGGUCACCACAUGUAUCCAGGAGGUGUGAGCGUUGACACGUGGUUUUGGAAAGACUCGUCCUCUGGUGCCAGUGUGAGGUUAGGCGUCUCCUCUGACAGGUGUCUGCCCAUUACAGAGUCCAAUCUCUCCAGUGGCCCAGAUUACAUACUGCGGACGAGCUUGUAUCAGAAUGUGACAACGGGAAUACGCGAUCCGAUGGCAUUUUUUGUACCAACUUUCUGUACUUAGUGACUG